GUGAAGUGACGCGCCUGCGCUCUCCUCGACCUCUGCCCUUUGUCUCCUCCCCUGGUGGUAUCGGGUGCAGUACAGACUCCUUUAAGAUGCUUGGCCAAGGCCGAACAAAUUUCAGACAGACGCCUAGGAGCGCACGCUUGGAACUUGCUCAAACUGGUCCAGGCCGCCUGAGGGGCGGACUAUAGGAAACUCCAGAGAACUGAUGGGCCUUUCCUGCGGCUCCGCCCCGGGAAGCAACGCUAACGCCCGUGAUUGGUCAGAGGUUCUUGGAGGCGGGCUCCGGCGGUGGGCGGGCUUCUCCCGUGCAGGCGAGGCUGCCGCGCGGGUGGCGACAUGUCCUCUGUGGGUAGUGAGCAGCGUGGGGACAGCGGGGGACAGGGCACUGGUGCUGCCGGCCUCUUCAGCUUCAGCCCGGAGCCCACGCUCGAAGACAUCCGCCGCCUCCAUGCGGAAUUUGCUGCUGAAAGAGACUGGGACCAGUUCCACAAGCCUCGGAACCUCCUCCUGGCCUUGGUUGGGGAAGUAGGGGAGUUGGCAGAGCUCUUUCAGUGGAAGCCUGAUGAGGAGCCUGGCCCGCAAGCCUGGCCCCCCAAGGAACGGGCAGCCCUUCAGGAGGAGCUGAGCGAUGUCCUCAUCUACCUGGUAGCACUAGCAGCCCGCUGCCGUGUGGAUCUGCCCCAAGCAGUGCUCUCCAAGAUGGACACCAACCGGCGACGCUACCCGCCACAUCUCUCCCGUGGCUCCUCCCGCAAAUAUACGGACUUGCCCCAUGGGGCCACCUCUGAAGACCAGACUGUGGGGGCUACAGACCUUGCCUGUGAAUCCUCAGGCCAGGCCUCAGCCUAGAACCAUGGACCCAGGAUCUGCAACUCAGCAUGGCACCUGAGGAGCAGAUGAUGGCCUGGCCAUGGAACCUCAUUCUAGUCCUUUUCUAACGAUCGCUGGCCUGGGAGCCUGACUCCCUGAAGUCUGAGGCUCAGGAACCUCUGGAAGACAGACUCUUGGUACUCUUCUCUCUCAAUAAAAGUUUUGUCUAGCAA